AUGGUGGAGGGCACACAAUGGAUCGAACUUUUCGACGGUAAGCAGUUCAGUCGAAUACUGUACACUAAUCCGGUAUGCUUACUGGGAACUUUUAAAGAGAAGCAGAAAGGACAGGAUAGAGCCUUUAGCAAUGUCAUGAUCUUGUCGUGGCUAACAGCUACCAAUAACGAGGGACGAUUUAUGUUUAGUUUAAACCGGAGAAGGCACAGCGCCAGUAUCCUCACGGUCAACCCAGAAUUUACACUAUCAAUCCCAGUUCGAGGGAUGGAAGAUCUUGUUUGUAAUGUCGGUUCAAUUUCUGGGAGCUUUGGCAGCAAGUUCCCUUCAGAUUACACUCCAAAGCUCUCUUCGGACGCGACACGCACCCAAGUAGCCCGCAAAGAACCAAGCAGCAACCGAGAGCGGAAGAAAGACAAACGCUUCUCGCACGGAAUUCCUGAUCUAAAGCAAGUACCUCUAGGUGAAGAAGAAGGUAAUUUAGAGGAUAGGAUAUUCUGCAUCGCUGGGACUGUUGCUCACCUUCGUUGCCGCGCAUACACAAUAAUGGAUGAGCCAGUCAUCGACUGUGACCACUACUUGGUAUUGGCCGAAGUAAAAUCUGCCUUUGUUAAAGAAUCCUACUGGGACGCUAAAAAAAAUUUGUUUCGUCCUUCGCCAGGGGACCAGCCCUGUUUGAAGUUUUUCGGAUCACAGCAAUUUGGUUACGUAGUGAAGCAAAAUACUGAACCUGAUGGCAAGUAA